AUGGCCCCUGUAAAGUUAAAUUCGCCGAAAAGAUUAUGGAAUGUCCUUCGAUGUUGCUCCCCCAAUUGGCAUACAGCAACAAAUAUAAGGAUACGAUGUGCAUCCAAACGAACAAGCAGCACUUGUGCAUCUCAAGUAGGCCCACCUAUCAAGAUGAAAUCAUUACCAGACAUCCAUGGUGAUGAAGCCAAAUCAUAUGAUCCUCAGCAAACAGAGCGAGGGUGGUACGAGUGGUGGGAAGCGCAAAAACUCUUCAAACCGCAAUUUACAGCAACUGGGAAAAUUAAGCCAGAAGGUGUUUUCUCAAUCCCAUCUCCUCCACCGAAUAUUACAGGAUCACUCCAUAUUGGACAUGCAUUAACAAUUGCUCUCCAAGACUCCUUAGUGAGAUUUAACAGGAUGAAAGGUAAGACUGUGCUAUUUCUUCCCGGGUUCGAUCAUGCAGGAAUUGCCACACAAUCUGUGGUAGAGCGUAAGCUUUGGAAAACUGAGAAAAAGACCCGAAAUGAUUAUGGUAGGGAUGUGUUUGUUGACAAAAUAAUGGAUUGGAAAGAUGACUAUCAUAAGACAAUUAAAACUCAGAUAAAAAAGAUGGGUGGUUCCUACGAUUGGUCUCGGGAAAGUUUUACUCUAGAUACGGUUAGAUCCAAAGCCGUUACAGAAGCGUUUGUCAAGCUGCAUGAUGAGGGUUUGAUUUAUAGAGACACUAAGCUUGUUAAUUGGUCAACCUGCUUGAGAACUGCAAUAUCAAAUCUUGAAGUGGAAAAUAUCGAAAUCAAAGGAAAAACAUUUUUAAUAGUUCCUGGGUACGAUGAGCCUGUUGAGUUUGGUACGCUAACUUUGAUAGGAUAUCCAGUGAUUGAUUCCCCAGACGGGGAAAAUCUUGUUGUCUCCACUACAAGACCUGAAACUAUAUUUGGAGACACGGCAAUUGCAGUGCACCCGGAGGAUCCACGUUAUAAACACUUACAUGGAAAGUAUGUCCAACACCCUCUUCUUGAUCGAAUCCUGCCCAUCGUUUUGGAUAAGGAUAUAGUUGAUAUGGAAUUUGGCACAGGCGCAGUUAAAAUUACACCCGCUCAUGAUCUUAAUGAUUAUCGUGUGGGUAAAAAGCACGGCCUGGAGUUCGUCAAUAUAUUCUCAGACGAUGGGCUUUUGAAUAAAAAUACCGGUCCCGGAUGGGAAGGAAUGAAGAGAUUUGAAGCCAGAGUGAAGGUGACGCAAGAGCUGAUGAAAAGAAACUUUAUUAAAGGGCAGGUGGAACAUGCCAUGUCCGUUCCGAUCUGUAGCCGAUCAGGGGAUGUCAUUGAACCAUUGCUAAAACCACAAUGGUGGGUAUCACAGAAAGAAAUGGCAUUACAGUCAAUAAGGGUAGUCAAAAAUGGCGAUAUCAAAAUUAGACCGGAGCAUUCUGAAGCAGAAUACUUUAGGUGGUUAGAAAAUGUUGAAGAUUGGUGUAUAUCAAGACAGCUCUGGUGGGGGCACCGUUGCCCGGCGUACUUUGUUCGUAUCGCGGAUGAAGAUCCUCAAAGAUCAGACGGGCGAUAUUGGGUUGCAGCUACAAGUUUUGAAGAAGCUGAAAAGAAAGCUCAACAAUUUUUUCCCAAUAAAUCAUUUACAUUAGAACAGGACGAGGAUGUUUUAGACACAUGGUUCUCUUCGGGAUUAUGGGCCCUGUCAACAUUAGGCUGGCCCCGACUCACCCCUGAUCUCAAAACGUUUUACCCAUAUACACUGCUAGAAACCGGAUGGGAUAUCCUUUUUUUUUGGGUUGCAAGGAUGAUUUUGCUCAGUGUUAAAUUGAUUGGUACGGUUCCUUUCCAAGAGGUAUUUUGUCACCCGCUUGUAAGAGAUGCGAAUGGAAGAAAAAUGUCCAAAUCUCUGGGAAAUGUAAUUGAUCCACUUGAUGUAGUAAAUGGUGUAUCUUUGAAAGAGUUACAAGAGAAAAUUCAGUGCGGUAAUGUACCAUUGAAGGAGAUAGAAAGGGCUUUAAAAGAUCAGAAGAAAAUGUAUCCACAAGGUAUUCCAUCGUGCGGAACUGAUGCACUGAGAUUUGCAUUAUGUUCGUACACCACAAAUAACAAUCGUAAUGACAUAAAUCUGGACAUUAAAAGGGUCGAAAACUACCGAAAAUUCAUAAACAAGUUCUAUCAAGCUACAAGAUUUUUGCUCCUAAAUUUGGGUGAUACAUUUCAGCCACCAAAGAGUAUAAGUAGUUUGCGUCCUAGCACAGUGAUCGAAAAAUGGAUGUUGCAUACACUUUCUUUAUCUGCUAGAUCAGUGAGUAACAGCUUUGAAGAAAGGGAUUUUGCAGCAGUAACUCAGUUGAUUUACCAACUCUGGUACCAAAUAUGCGACAACUUUAUUGAAUAUUUCAAAUUCGUGAUACAAAAAGGGACCCAAUCGGAUAUCGACUCUGGAAAAAAGAUGCUAUAUGUGGCUAUAGACACGGCGCUAAAACUCACUCACCCCAUGAUGCCUUUCGUUACAGAAGAACUGUGGCAACGGCUACCAAAGACUACUCCGGCAGUAGGCUCUGUUCUCGCUCAGAAAUUUCCAGUGUUCCCUGGGAACAUUACCGAUCCUGGAGUCUCAAAAAUUGUUGAAAUGCUAUGGGCUACCAUCAGUGAAAGUAGGUCUUUAUGCAAUCAAUACGGAAUUAUGAAGAAUGCUGAGAUAGAAAUUACUAUUAACAAAGAUGAUGUAUUUGAGGUACUUACCUCUAAUGCGUCUUUUCUGGAAUAUAUUCUGAAAAACAAUGUGAAAACCAUCACUUUGACCACUCAAGAGCCAAAGGCGAAAGAUGAUUGGGUGUUUUCAUCGAUCAACACAACCAUCAAAGUAGGAUUGAAAAUCAAAGGCCACAUAAACGAGGUAGAGGAUAAAAUUGUGAGGUUGGAAAAACGAAUCAAAAAAUUAGAAAACAGGUUGCGUCCUCUUCAACUGGUUGCAAACAGUCAGGAUUAUCUUGUAAAAGUCGGUAGUGAAAUUAGAAACACCAAUAAACAGCGUAUGGAAGAACUACAGGUUCAAAUAUCCACUUUUAGUGAUAUGGUUUCCAAUUUUAAAAAAAUUCUGUAA